GGGAGCAGAGUGCGGAAGGCGGAGGGAACUUGCACAGAAGCGUCACUCCAGACCCCAAACCUCCAGUGAGGUUACUUCCCUCUCAGGCCUGAGGCCCAGCCAGCACCCAAUGGAUGACAAGAAGAAGAAACGGAGUCCCAAGCCCUGCCUGACCCAGCCAGCCCAGGCCCCAGGCACACUACGAAGGGUCCCUGUGCCCACCAGCCACAGUGGCUCCUUGGCAUUGGGACUCCCUCAUCUGCCAUCCCCCAAGCAGCGGGCCAAGUUCAAGAGAGUAGGCAAGGAGAAAUGCCGCACAGUGUUGGCCGGAGGUGGAGGUGGCUCUGUAGGCACGCCCCUGCAGCACUCCUUCCUGACUGAAGUGACUGACGUCUAUGAGAUGGAGGGGGGACUAUUGAACCUGCUCAACGAUUUCCACUCAGGCCGGCUGCAGGCCUUUGGGAAGGAAUGCUCCUUUGAGCAGUUGGAGCAUGUGCGGGAGAUGCAAGAGAAGCUGGCCCGGCUGCACUUCAGCCUGGACGUGUGCGGAGAGGAGGAGGAGGACGAGGAGGAAGAAGACGGGGUCACUGAGGCAUUGCCUGAAGAGCAGAAGAAGACGAUGGCUGACCGCAACCUGGACCAGCUGCUUAGCAAUCUAGAAGAUCUUAGUAAUUCUAUACAGAAGUUGCACCUGGCCGAGAACGCCGAGCCUGAGGAGCAGUCAGCUGUGUAGGUGUCGGCGGAGCCGGGCCCAGACUGCCCCUCUCAUCCCCUUCAAACUGGGACUUUUACAGACUCGGGAGGGUGUUCCGCGGCCCCCCAGGUGCUAUGGGAGAGGGGGGCACUGCAUGGAAUUAAACCAGAAAGAAAGAAA